GAAUAUUUUUGUUCGUUUUUCAUUUGAUGUAUUGGAAUUUAUUAUUGUGUUGGAUGGAUUGGGAUGAAAACUACAUGAAUGUAUGUACGAAAAUUUCUAUGGCUCUGUUCGUUGACAUCAUCCGUCUUCUUCCAAGACUUGGUCGAGCAAACUAUGGCAACUCUGCAAUUGGAGGAGAAGUUCUUACAGAUUGCUUGAUGAAAAGCUUGGAAAGCAAGGGUAUUACGAUGGGUGUUAACUGGAAACUGUGCUUAUUUUGUAAAGCAAGAAUUAGACACUGCCCUACUUACGAAAAUGAAAACCCAGCCUACGGUGACCCUACCCUAGUCCUGCCGGCGGCCGCUACCCACCGUGACCCUGGCAUUUGUGGUCUGAUCGAGGUUAGUCGUCGAGGGUCCCUGGCACAUUGCUAUUGCUCCAAUUGUCCUUGUCGUGUUCGUUGCCGCACCGAUCGUCAAGGGAAGCUUGUCUGGGCAAAGACAAGGACAGCCCGUCUUUAUCACCAAGCUAGAAGGUUACAGGAAUAAUUCUGCCUCUGAAACGUAAGUUCAGGACAUUGUAUUAUCUCUUCCCAGCAGUAUAGAAAAUAUUGUGUAAUUCCCGGGGGAAGAUGUCAGAGCUUGACAAAUGGAUACAUGUUACAAGAUAUCAGAACUGUUUUCAUCUUGCUAUGUAUCCUUGUGGCUUUAGCUUUAAUUUUGAACUGUUUUUACAAUGCAGAAGAAUGUAUAUUUACGGUAACUGAACUAUGAAUUAAAAAACAGUUUAUAUAGUUCAGUUCAGUUUUCUUGAACUA